AUGGCUUCAAGGAAGCUACAUGCUAUUGAAAAUGAUAAAAAGGAGGAAAAACUCGCCGGUAUAAGAAAACCUGGUUCUAAGGCUCAGGCAUGCCGAAAACGCCGUAUCAAAUGCGGGGAGGAGAAACCAACAUGUCAAAACUGUUCCAAGUCCAAAAGGCACUGUGAGGGCUACAAUCAGAGACUUGUAUUCAAGGACCCUUUGAGUGCAACCCGAGGGCCAUUCGCCAAUUCAUCCCAGGUCAAUUUCUCAUCAUCGGGAUCUGGCCGUACAAAUCAACGUGGUGUUGAAGCUUCGAAUUCCGCUACUCUGGCGCAGGGGCAAUUAGCGAAUCUUGCACCAAGACCAGGUGAUUCGGGUAUAUGUAAUAAACCCCCACCCAGGUCUGUCAACGAGACAAAUCCUGGCUUUGAGCAAAGCAUACAUGUCUUUUCUGGUCGCCCGAAUCAUACUUUGGGUAUCAAAGGGAGCACUUCUCAAGAAAUUCCAGAGGUGACGUCGAGCUACAGCGAUACCGUAGAUCGUUCAUACCUACCGAGUCCCGAAGACAGAUCACCCCCAAAUCCCGGACCAACUCAUUAUGAUUUCAAUGCUAUUUUUGAGCAGCAGUCGCCGCCCGAGGGACAUCAAAUACCCGUUACGGGACUUAGUCCGUUGAAAUGGAUUGCCAAUCAAAAUAGUGAAUCUCAUUCCUAUCCUCCUCAAGAAGAUGCCCAUAAUCCCAAUACACAAUUUACGCUUCCCACACCACCCACGGUGACCACUCUCAGCGAUUCAAGCUGGCAGAAACCCGCUUUUUCUCAUCCACCCGAGAUAAGCUCAAGCAUAUCUUACAUCCCGAUUACAACCCAAGUGACACACAGUAUGGAACCAGCUUAUACACCUCACCUUGAGAUGCCGCAUAACUUCAGUCAAGCAUCGGAAGGGAACUCUUCAUCUCAUGCCAGUGCAAAUCAAAACACCGUCAACGACAGUAAUUUUCCCGAAGAGAGAUACCGAAAUGAACGAUUGUUCGAUGAUGAUGAAAUGAGCAUGGAUGAUUAUGCAACAGAUGACUUGGAACAUGAUACUUUCGAGGGUAACAACAUGCACCAUGGCAUUGGGCCGGUGAUUGCACUUCAAGCUCGACAGAAUAGGCAGGAUCAAAACCUUCGUUCUUUCACCUCGCUGAUAAAUCGAUCCGACAUGUUAUCGGCUUACAAUCCUUCCCUCCGACUGUCUCCGCUAAAUGACAGUAUGACGGCUAGAAUAUUUUGUCAUUUCAUCAACGUGACUGGACCCAGUAUAUCGAUGUUCGAGCGAAAUCCCGCCAAUCCCUCUUUAAUAUUUCAGGGGAAAUCCAUACCAUCUUCUCAGCAACACAUCUGGACUUACACAGUUCCAAUGCUUGCUUUGAAGAAUGAAGCACUUCUUCACGCAAUACUCGCCAUAGCCAGUCUUCAUAUUGCGAAGCUGCAAAACUCCCACAUAACUGCAUCUUUGAAGCACUACGCAAUUGCUUUACGAAGGAUUGCAAAGAGCGUCAACAUACCUGGGCGCCGAGAACAACCUGCUAUUUUGGCUGCAACAAUGUUGCUCUCAUUCUACGAGUGCUGGUGUGCUGACCAUCAAAAGUGGAGUAACCAUCUACUUGGGACGAGAACUCUUGUAAGAGACAUUGAUUUUACUGGCAUGACUCAUCAUCUGAAGAUAAUGAGGGCACAGUUGCGUAACGAAGACCGCGCUCGCUAUCGUGAAGAGCAGAUACACAUGGGUACAACAUAUUUUGAAGACAAACGCAGAUUUGCAGCUUCAUUGGAAGAUGUGGACGAAAACAUUGUUGGGGUUUUGAUGGGUCGAAGACUGCGUUAUGAUGAGUAUGGACAUAUAAUCGACGAUGUUUCGGAUCACACCGAAGACAGAGUUUACAGCCCUAAGGAUAUUGAAACUUAUGAAAUGCAACGCGAUCUUGUGUGGUGGUACUUCAAACAAGACGUUUACCAAAGUAUAUUAGGUGGCGGAAAACUCUUCACGGAAUAUGACCGGUGGAGUCUUUGCCCCCCGCGUGCUCCCCUUGGACGAAGAGAUGCAGUAUACGGCACGUUUGAUCAUCUCAUUCUUUUAAUGGGACGACUUGCAGAUUUCGCUUCAAAAGACUUGAAAAGGAAGACACGAGCCAUGAAGGCUGCUAAUAACCCCAUAAGUAAUCAAAUGCCAAAUUUUGCAGGCAUGGUACCAAAUGUCAAAGAGCCAACGCUUCCCAUGGGGUUCUCACCAACAUAUAGUGUCUCUCCUCAAAGCUCAGAAGCAGACGAUGUGGAUCUUGAAGCUCGACGGCUCGAAGCUGAAGAUGAAUGGCAAGAUAUUCGCAAUGCCUUUAGUGUACUUGAAGAUCACUUUGGUGAAGACUUUCAACCUUUGGGUGAAGAAUUCUCAACGCCAGCGCAAACCCCCUUCGGUCCAGCUCUGCAGUACCGAACUUAUGGCAUUUCUGGCAUCUGGAUGAACUAUUACAUGGGUCUCAUUUCUUGUCACCGGUCUCAUCCUUCUAUGCCACCUGCAGCAAUGGUAGCUGCAGGUAUGGCGGCUCGUAAGACAGCGUUUUUCGCGAAUGAAAUCGGGCGAAUCGCCGCCGGUAUUGCACCAGACCUAAGCAUGACAACUCAAGUCAAUCCAGGCGUUGGUGCAGCACUUAUGGAAAGUUCUACCUGCCUAUUUCUGUCGGGUGUCCAAUAUCAAAAUGUAGAUCAGAGGACGUGGCUAAUAUGCCGGCUUAAAGAUGUGGCUCGUCUGACGGGCUGGGAAACAGCACUUGCAAUUGCAACCGGCUGUGAGACAUCUUGGGUCAAAGCUGGAGAGAUGGGGAGAGGUCCACCAUACGAAAGAACGAGGGAUGAGCGAGUAGCACCACAAAUGUGGAAUUUUACACGAAAUGUUGAAAGAGUUGUACGAGAGCAAAAAGCCACUGAACAGAAAUUGGUAAUUGGCACCCAUGAGAGAAUUCAUUAUGCACUCGGCGUCUUAGGCGUCCAGGACCAUUUUGAAAAUCUAGAUCUAGAUUCAUGA